GCAGCAGAUUUUGAUAAUUAGGUUAAGGUUAGGAAAAGGGUUAGCUAAAAUGCAACAAAAUUUAACUUUUGACGUAAAUUUGACAAAAUAUGGAUACCUUCUAGCCAUGAACACAAAGAUGGUACGGUAGGACCCCUGAAUUUAGAAGUAUUUUCAGUUGCCUGCAGCAUUAUUUUUUCUAAAUUGCGUUUUCCUUGGUAGGGUAUCGUUUCAUCGAAAACGAAUCACAGUUUAAUCUUUUUUUUUUAUGAUCUCUUUAUAAAACAGUGUAUGGACGUUGCAUCUACAGAGGGCUCUUGAGCGAGUCGACUCUUUAUUUGCCUUAUUGUUUUCCAGGCUAAAUGUUUGAUGCUAAGGAAUCGUUGAAAACUGGUUGAGACUAUUGCAAACGCUAGCGUAGAAUCAUACUCGUAAUCGGCAUCUAAGAAGUCAAACUGAGAUGAUCGACAUUCUCGAAGCGAACUCUCGACUAAAAAGUAACAUACGGGUUAUCAUCGUAGAACUUGAGCGAUAUAGAUAGCUAUCGUGAGCAGGGUAGUGCUAGCUAACUUGAUAACAAACGUUUUCUUAUUUGAUUGGACGUCUCUGGUGAAUUGCAAUAAGACAAAUACAUAACAGCUAAGUUAGCAUACUAUACUAAGAAUAUAUAUCGAGACAACAUCACCAUAAUCGUCAAUGUUUUUGCCUCGGAAGUUGCGUACUAGCUAGCAUGUUAGCAAUGGUAUGUUAGCUAGCGGGGGUUUGAAUGUUGACUGACGCUUAGUUAUAAGGCCUAAAACGGCUAUUGAAAAUUGUAAAGAAGAUUAACAUUCCCUUAUGCGCCAUUGUUAGGUUAAUACAAUCUGUUAGGUUACUACAGUAGUUAGCCGAGUUGUAUUGAAACUCAUUAGCUAACAUUAGCUACGCUAGUGUAGAGCUGGGACGCUUUGGGCGUUUAGUCAGAAUGCCAGAUACACAACGACUAUGUCGGAAAAAUUGAUGUAACGCACAGCCCUUCUAGACAUCAAAUUUGUCACAUCUAGCAAUUGUGACUGUUCUAUGUAAACUGACAGCUGCAUUAUUGCAUUAAGUUAAUGCAGUUUUGCACCAUCAUACCGUUUGAGGUUUUGGUGCCAGUGCCGUUAAAUUGCGUACAUAUAUCCACGUUUGAACUGGAUUGAGAUAGCAAGUCACUAUCAAUCGUCUUGCAAGACAUAAAAUGUCAGAAAACCAGGGCAAUGUGAACAAUAACGUCCCGCUAAAUAACAAUGGCGGGGCGAACAGAAUACGAAACCCUAAUAUCAACCAGAACCCACUCAUAAAUGUUAGAGACAGACUUUUCCAUGCCCUAUUCUUCAAGAUGGCAGUUACCUAUGCCAGAUUGUUUCCACCAUCUUUCAGAAGAAUCUUCGAGUUCUUUGUCCUGUUGAAGGCCCUGUUUGUGCUCUUCAUCCUGGCCUACAUUCACAUCGCCUUCUCCCGCUCGCCAAUCAACUGCCUGGAGCACGUGCGGGAGAAGUGGCCGCGUGACGGCAUCCUGCGCGUGGAGAUCCAGCGCAACUCGUCGCGUGCGCCCAUCUUCCUUCAGUUCUACGACAAUGACGGCUUCCAGGGCCUGGUCAAGGAACCAGAGGGAGAGGGAGAAGGAGGGCUGGGUCUGGCCGCGCUGCACCACGAGGAGGAGGAGGAGGAGGAGGAGGAGAUGACCCUGGAGAUGUUUGACAACAGCUCUGUGAGGUUUGAGCUAGACAUCGAGCCGCGGCUGAAGCCCUCGCUGAGUGGCAUCGGCCUUGGGGGAGGGGGCCUCAACAACAGCCAGGACCUCUCCUUCAGCCAGUCGCCCACUAAAGGUAUGCAGCCGCUGAGGGAGACAGUCUCCGAGAUUGAGAUGCUAACACGAGCAGUGUGGCCUCAGGAGCAGUACAUAGUGGAGUACUCUCUGGAGUACGGCUUCCUCCGCUUGUCCCAGACCACCCGGCAACGCCUCAACAUCCCUGUCAUGGUCGUCACGCUGGACCCCAUGAAGGACCAGUGCUUUGGGGACACCUUUAGCCGCUUCCUCCUGGAUGAGUUCCUGGGCUACGAUGACAUCCUGAUGUCCAGCGUCAAGGCCCUGGCCGAGAACGAGGAGAAUAAAGGCUUCCUCAGGAACGUGGUGUCAGGGGAACACUACCGAUUCGUCAGCAUGUGGAUGGCCCGUACCUCCUACCUGGCUGCCUUCGUCAUCAUGGUAAUAUUCACCCUGUCAGUGUCCAUGCUGCUGCGCUACUCCCACCACCAGAUCUUCGUCUUCAUUGUGGAUCUGCUGCAGAUGUUGGAGAUGAACAUGACCAUCGCCUUCCCAGCAGCCCCUCUGCUCACCGUCAUCCUGGCUCUCGUGGGAAUGGAGGCCAUCAUGUCGGAGUUCUUCAACGACACCACCACCGCCUUCUACAUCAUCCUCAUCGUGUGGCUGGCUGACCAGUACGACGCCAUCUGCUGCCACACCAACACCAGCAAACGUCAUUGGCUGAGGUUCUUUUAUUUGUAUCACUUUGCGUUCUACGCCUACCACUACCGCUUUAACGGCCAGUACAGCAGCCUGGCUCUGGUCACCUCCUGGCUCUUCAUACAGCACUCCAUGAUCUACUUCUUCCACCACUACGAGCUUCCGGCCAUCCUGCAGCAGAUCCGUAUCCAGGAGUUGCUGCUGCAGAACCAGCAGGCGGGCCAGGGGGGCAACCAGACUGCCCUGCAGGACAACCUCAACAACAACACCACCACCGCUGCAGCUGGAGCAGCUCCAGCCCGGGGAGGGGUAGCCAAUGGCCAGGUCCGACCGCCAGACGAGCCCCAGGCUUCUUCGGCGGCCCAGGCCCAAGGUACAGCGACCCAGGCUUCCCAGUCUAACAGCCUGGCUGGCAGCGCCACGUCAGAAGGGGCCGGAGGAGAGUUGACGAUGACGACGGAGCUGGACUGGAUGGCGGAGACGGCGGCCAUCAUCACGGAGGCCUUGUCCUCCUCCUUGGCCCCCCAGCUGGAGGGGUCUUUGCUGGAGAGCACGGAAGGGGGGUUGCUGGGGGAGGUGGGGGGGGUCAUGGUUUCUGAGGCAGGCCUCAGCGUGGUGGCGGAGAUUCGAAUGGGGGGAGGUGGUGGAGGAGGAGAGGGCACAGAUGGCGCCAGUCCCAGUUUGGCUGCAGUGGAAAUCAAAACCAUAGGGGCCUGCAGUGCAGCGGGCUCAGGCCCGCCUCUUCCUCCCUCUCCUCCAAUGGGAGGACUUCAGGAAGCAGAGACUAGCCUCUCUAGUGUCAGUCCCUCCCUUCUUCCUCCUCCUUCUCCACACACAGACUGCAGUAGGGCAGGGGCUGGGGAGCCAGAAAGCCCUGGGCAGAGCCCCACAGACUGGGAGCCCAAGACAGAGGAACCCCCCAGCCCCACUCCAUCCUGAGCCCCCCUUCUCCAACUCACUCACAUACACACAUGCUACCACACGCAGAGGCAUCAUGUCUUCUUCUCCCCCCUCAAUUCCUCUUUCCGACACCGCAAGAUGGCCGCCGUGGCUUUAUUACUGUAAUCUCAUUCUUAUGACAGCAAGGAGAAGAGAGGGAUGGAAAGCUGAGAAAAGGAGAAGGUGCCCCCCUCCACUCUCCUCUAGGAUCUCUGCUACGGAAAUGUUUUGUUUAGCUUUUAGUUUCCCCAUCCUUAGUGGGACAGUGAAUUUUUCCAUCCGUCGCAGAGUUUUCUCUCGAAUUAUGUGUCAGACACACCAACUUUGCUGCAAAGGUGUGGAAUCGUUCGGGAAAGGCUACCGUGACAUUUUGCCAUGUGAUUUAUUUUUAUUUUUUAUGAUUGAGAAUUGAUUUGUAAAAUAGAGAGGCGGCAAUCCUAUUGCAUUGAUGUACAAUUCCUUAAAGGAUGUUUCUGUUGGUUAGGAGGUGUCUUGACGGGCUUUGGAAAUGGCAGUGUACCGUAUGCGUUUUCUUUUGAGAGCGCAGUGGACUACCAUACCAGUCAUCACAAGGCUGCAACACAUAUUGACUCUUAUCCUAGUCAUUCAUUCCAUCUGGUCCUCGAACCCAGAAGAAAAAAAAAGAAUACAACCUAGAGUUUCUGAGUUGCUCUAGUGUCCGAGUUGGUCAUUUGUCUUUCAGAAUGGUAAAACAUAGGCUAGUAACGUUGGAGGUUGUAGUCGUAACUGGCAACCGGCUCCACAAGUUAGCGCUAGCCCCGAGUGGAGCAUCAUGGGAAAUGGAGUUUACAUCCACUGUUCUGAUUGUUAAGUAGACCUGCUUGCUCUUGCUCAGAUUUUUUUCCCAGUCCACUUCUCUUACGACGAUUGGUAGUUGGCAGUUGCUCCCUGUACUUCUUGAGCUGAAGAAGAGCCGCCAUCGCUGCGGUUUCUCUCAUCUUAACCCCUUUUGAGUGAAACUGCAUCAUUGCUCCCCCCGGGAGCAUUUCUGUGUACUGUCUGGAGACUAGGCCCAUUCUCUCAUCACCAUGUUUUGUGUUUGUCUUUCAAAUUAGAAUCGCUUCACUAGUCAUGUGCAAAUGAAACAGAAUCAACUUGAAGGCUCGACCGUUGCCUUAAACACCUGUUUCAUGGUCUUCAAACUAAUUUCAGUCAAUAUUUGUCCCCAUGGCCCCUUAGACUGUAUUCCAAAAGAGGAGCAUGUGACUGUAAGAAAGAAAUACGCUUUAUCACAAGGAAGUUUUAUGGUUCCUGGCGUCAGCUGACUGAGGCCCACUCCAAGCUCCUAUAAAACACAGAUCUUUGCCCCAGACUGGCACAAGACAAUACCAGGCGAUAUUGAACAGCUUCAGGGUAAAGUCAUUGUACCCAGCCAACCCAUCUGCAUCUCAAUGUGUCAUUGAGAUCUACCAUUCAGCUGCCCAACUGGAUAGUUGUGACAAUAAGGCAUAUAUUGGACCCUGGGGGCAUUUAAUUUGGAAAAAUUAUAUUUCAAAUUAAUAUUUCAUAUUUCAUACAUUUUCUUGUUUCAAAACCUCCAGAAGAUGAUAAAGCUGCACUACCUUGAUAACCUUACCAGACUAUUAUAGUCACUGCUAUAUAACUACUCAGAAGGCUUGUAAAAUGCUACUGUGAUGCUAGUUGUAUUUGCUAGGGUCUAAAGACAAAACGUUGUUUUCCUUUACCUGUAAUCAGAUGGACCUGACAUGCAUCAUGCUUCCCCUUUCUGGAACUAGUGAACACGGUACUAACAUGGACAGGGCAUAAUACAAGUUGAGAGGUUUUGACAUUGUAACAGUAGUCAAUAAUGACAGGUGUGUUCGAUGUCUUCGUCCUCAGCUGUUUGAACUGAGAACAAUUUCCUGACCAGAGAGCUUUAUUUUGAUGAUACCUUAUAUGAUUCCAAAUGAGAUAUUAGUGCAAGUUGAGAUUCCCUUGGUGGCCUCAUAUCAGAGGAAAAUUGGUUAUAUUUCAACAGAAUGACGAUAAUCAAGGGACAUUUUCGUAAAAUAUAAUUGUUAAGAGUUCUAUUGAGAUACGAGGGGCUAGAAUAAUUUCUGCUCAGUGAGUUGGGUGGAGAUGUAGUCAAGGCUAUGCAAUGGGCAGGACAGAGGACGUGGUUAUGGGAUGAAAAGGUUGUCCAAAUUGUGCAAUAUGACAAGUCGGUUUAAAGAUGUCUUUUGAGUUCAUUCUAGGGGAAGCUAUUACUGAUAUGACAAAAAUAUGCUCCAUCAAUGAGGUUUUUAAUGAUCAGUUUCUUUAUCUGUGCCUAUAUUCCGGUCUGAGAGAAAGCGGGAUGAUUGUAGCCUUGCAAAAGUUGCUAUCCAUUUGUAGUUCAUUUUAGACAAUGUUAAAUGAAUCCUUCGAUCUGUGAUGGACUAGAUUCCUCAUUCAAAUGUAUUUAACUGUUCAGUAAAACAAGUGCAGUAGAAACAUUCUUUGCACAAAUUGC